AUAAAAUCAUAUCUUAUGCGGGUGUAUUUGAAACCCCAAGGUAUAUAAUCUGGAUGCGAGUUGGUGCGAUAGUCUUUAUUGUGUCAUCCACCUGCGGGACUCCUUUACAAAAAGUAACAACAAAAUGGCCGAUGUUAUUGAUCAGGAGCAAGUGAACCUUCUUAAGAGGGCGUUCUCCAUGUUUGACUCAAGCAAGAAAGGAAGAAUUGAAAAGGAGAAAGUCCGCACAAUUUUAACCACUUUGGGUCACACUUACGACGACAGCGAAUUGGAAGCUCUUUUGGAAGGAGAAGACCCAGAACAAAGCGGCCAAUUAGACUUCGAUUCUUUCUGCCGUGUCGCCGCCCACUUUUUGGAGAACGAGGAUGAUGAGGCCCUUCAAAAGGAACUAAAAGAAGCCUUCAGAUUGUACGAUAAAGAAGGAAACGGUUACAUCCCGACAUCGAGUCUCAGAGAGAUCUUGGCGGCAUUAGACGAUCAACUGACUUCAGAUCAACUGAACGAAAUGAUCGCCGAAAUCGAUUCCGACUCCUCAGGCACAGUCGAUUUCGAAGAAUUCAUGGAGAUGAUGACUGGCGACUAAUCAGCCACAAACACCACAUACCUUUUAUAAAUGUUUUUAAUAAAUCAAUCUUGUUACUGAUUAUUGUAUUAGUUUCACAAUAAAGACGUAAAAUAGA